AUGAGUUGUUCCCCUUGGGUCAUGCUAGUAGUGGUCGUUUGUACCAAGCUCAUUGAAGUUUUCUCCAACAGAAUUAAUAAGGCAACCAAUGCUGCUGCAGGUAUUGCCAAUGAAGUUGCGGGAUGUAUCAAAACUGUUAGAUCUAUGGCCGGUGACAAGAGAGAACGUGCGAGAUUUGCAAAGGCACUUGCUGGAGCUCCACUUUCAAUGUUUGGAAAAGCUUUUGCUAUGGGUAUUUCAAUUGGUAAUUCGUACUUGUUCAUUAACUGUUUCUUUGGUUUGACCUUUUGGUUUGGUGCCAAUUUGAUCAUUGAAGGUGAUGCAACUAUGGGUGAGGUCGUUCAAGUGUUCGGUAUUAUGUUACUUGCUAUUUUAGGUUUGCAACAAGGAGCCGAUGUGAUGCCAUACUUUGCCAAAUCCAGUGCUAGUCAACAGGCCUUAUUAAAUGUUCUUCAAAGAGUUCCAGCAAUUGUUGAGAAGGAAGGAGGAAUUAAACUCGACAAUGUUCAAGGAGAAAUUACAGUUGAAGGAAUAGAAUUUGCAUAUCCUUCAAGACCUCACAUUACUGUCCUUAGAGACUUUAACUUGAAGAUUAAGGCAGGAAAAUCACUUGCUUUGGUUGGUGGAUCUGGUUCGGGACGUAUCUUAUUGGACGGAGUUGACAUUGCCGAGAUGGAUACCGAAUGGCUUCACAAAGUGAUUGGUAUUGUCACACAAGAACCUGUAUUGUUCCAAGGUACUAUCAAGGAAAAUAUUGCAUACUCUAUUGGAGGUCUUCCAAAGAAGGAAUCAUCGGAGCUUCAAGCAAGAAUUGAGAAAGCAGCAAAGGCUGCCAAUGCUCAUAACUUUAUUAAGGAAUUACCGAACGGCUAUAACACAAGGCUUGGUGAAAAGGGUGUAUCAUUAUCUGGUGGUCAGAAACAAAGAAUUGCCAUCGCAAGAGCCAUUCUCCAAAACCCACAAAUUCUUCUCCUCGACGAAGCUACAAGUGCUCUUGACGCUGAAAGUGAAUCUCUCGUUCAAGAAGCCCUUGACCGUUUAAUGAAAGGACGAACCACCAUUUGUGUGGCUCACCGUCUCGCAACUAUUAAGAAUUCUGAUGAAAUCAUAGUGAUGGAUCAUGGUAAAAUCAUUGAACGUGGAACACAUGACUCAUUGGUUCGCAUUCCAAAUGGAGCAUAUAGAGGUUUGGCUGAGAAGCAGUCCAUGGUGUAA